GGCAGAUUAUCCUCCCUGUGGAUCCAGGCAGGCAGGCAGCAGGUGGCUGGAGACAGAAAUAUGGGAAACGCAGACAGCAAACUUCACUUCAGGAAAGCGGUGGUCCAGCUGACAACCAAAACUCAGCCCGUCGAAGCCUCCGACGACGUGUUCUGGGAUCAGUUCUGGGUGGACUCCUCCACCACGGUUCAGGAUGUUUUCGCUCUGGUUCCUGCGGCAGAGAUCAGAGCCGUCAGAGAGGAGUCUCCGUCAAACCUGGCAACCCUCUGCUACAAGGCAGUGGAGAGGCUGGUCCGGGGAGCAGACUCCGGCUGCCCCUCGGAGAAAGAGCGCCAGACCGUGUUGAACUGCACCCGCCUGCUCACCCGCAUCCUGCCCUACAUCUUCGAGGACGCCGACUGGAGGGGCUUCUUCUGGUCCACCAUCCCCGGCAGAGCGGGGCACUUGGACCACGAUGCUGAUGACGAAGGUCGGCCUCUGGCUGAGUCCCUGCUGCUGGCCAUUGCUGACCUGCUCUUCUGUCCAGAUUUCACCAUCCAGAGCCACAAGAAGAACAGCCCGGUGAGUCUGGCAACCCCCCCGCAUCACUGA